AUGAGGGAUGGUGGUCAAGCAUCGCUCGGACUGGGUUCCUUCUCAGAAUAUCCUUAUGGCUUUGAUUUUCUCUGUUCUAUGCGAAGAACAAAGAUAAAAGGAAGGAUGAAGGCGGCAGCGGCAGGGAAGGCCAUAAGGCAGGGAACACGGCGGGAGCGGGAGGCGAGAGGUGGGGAGCUAGGUGUGGGUGGUGGUGAACUGAAUCUAUGGGGAGGUGAGCAGGUGGUGGGGUGA